AUUUUAUUUAGUUUAGUUUUGUUUGUAGCAUCGCUGUGUACAAGUGUAUGUUAAUGUUAUGUGGAUGGUUAGUGAAUGUUUCUAGACAUGAAUUUAUCGAAUGAAAUUUAAUCGUGGAAAAUUGAUGAAUAAAUUCUGAGGAUCUAGCGAUUCUGCGCUUGGAAUGGGAACAGCUCGAGUCGAAAUGAAUACGCAAUUCGGAAUAAGUUUGAAGCAGCUCCGCGAGCUGAUGGAGCUGCGCGGCGGCGAAGCGGUGAACAAAGUUAAAGAGCUGGGCGGCAUUACGGAGCUGUGUAAAAAACUGUACACCUCGCCAACGGAAGGCCUGGGCGAGAACCCUACCGAUAUGCAAAACCGAAGGGAAACCUACGGUUCGAAUACGAUACCGCCGAAAAAACCCAAAACUUUUUUACAACUGGUAUGGGAAGCUUUGCAAGACGCCACGUUAAUCAUAUUGGAAAUCGCCGCCAUCGUUUCGUUGCUACUGUCUUUGUAUACGCCUAAAGACGAAGGAGGGAAUCUGCGACCGGAGGCGGAGGAAACGCAGAGCGGCUGGAUCGAAGGAUGCGCUAUUCUGGUCUCGGUUUUAGUGGUUGUGCUGGUGACCGCUUUUAACGAUUACUCGAAAGAGAAACAGUUUCGCGGUUUGCAGGAUAAAAUCGAAGGCGAACGUAAAUUCGCGGUGAUACGUAAAAACGAAGUUAAGCAGAUACCCGUCGGCGAGAUCGUGGUCGGAGAUAUAUGCCAGAUUAAGUACGGCGAUUUGUUACCAGCUGACGGUAUCCUAGUGCAGAGUAAUGAUCUGAAAAUCGACGAGUCUUCGCUGACCGGAGAAUCGGAUCAUGUCAAGAAAGGCGAGUCUUUCGAUCCGAUCGUCCUAUCCGGUACUCACGUCAUGGAGGGUAGCGGUCGUGUGCUGGUAACAGCAGUCGGUAUUAAUUCGCAAUCGGGUAUUAUUAUGACUCUUUUGGGAGCAGCCGGCAGCGAAGAGAAGAAGGAAAAGAGGAAAUCCAGCUUGAAAGAUAAACAGCACGAAGACAAGAAUGGUAAAAAGCACGACGAAGAGUCGACGGCGUCGUCUUCAGAUGACGAAGAUCCAGCCCAGAAAUCCGUUCUGCAGGGUAAACUGACCAAGCUAGCUAUACAGAUCGGUUAUGCUGGCUCAGCGUUGGCCAUCUUGACCGUCAUCAUCCUGGUGGUACGAUUCUCCGUCAAGACUUUCGUGCUGGAACAGCAGGAGUGGAAAUUGGCCUACAUUAACGAAUUCGUCAGGUUCGUCAUCAUUGGUGUGACUGUGCUGGUGGUGGCGGUCCCUGAAGGACUCCCUUUGGCUGUGACCCUAUCGUUGGCGUAUUCGGUCAAGAAGAUGAUGUUGGAUAAUAACCUGGUGCGACAUUUGGACGCCUGCGAGACGAUGGGCAACGCUACGACUAUCUGCUCCGAUAAGACUGGCACAUUGACGACUAACCGGAUGACCGUGGUGCAGUCGUAUAUCGCCGGAGUGUACCACAAGAACACGCCGCAAUUCAGUUCGAUACCGGCCGACGUUGCUAGACUAUUCAUUCAAGGUAUAGCGUUGAAUUCGGCGUACACGUCGCGUAUCAUGCCAUCCGAAGACGAGAAAAGCGAUCUACCCAAGCACGUGGGUAAUAAGACGGAAUGCGGUCUGUUAGGAUUCGUAUUAGCCUUAGGUAAAAGUUACCAAGCGUUACGAGACGAAGUUACCGAAGAAAUGUUCACCAGAGUUUACACCUUUAACUCGGUACGUAAAUCGAUGAGCACGGUGAUACCGCGCGAAGGUGGCGGAUACCUUUUGUACUCGAAAGGAGCUUCGGAAAUCAUCCUGAAGAAAUGCACGUAUAUCCGAGGCAAAGACGGCGAACUCACCAAGUUCACGACGCAAAUGUACGACGAGCUAAUCCGCACUGUGAUCGAACCGAUGGCCAGUAAUGGUCUGCGAACUCUAUCCUUAGCUUAUAAAGAAUUCGUUCCGUCGAAUGCGGGCCCAAAUCAGGUGCUCGCUGCCAAAGAACCGAACUGGGACGACGAAGAGUCCAUCACACGUGAUCUCACUGCCGUAGCCAUCGUCGGUAUCGAAGAUCCGGUCAGACCCGAGGUACCGGAGGCCAUUCGUAAAUGUCAACGAGCCGGUAUCACCGUACGCAUGGUAACUGGUGACAAUAUCAAUACAGCUAGAUCGAUAGCUACGAAAUGCGGUAUUCUUAAACCGGACGACGACGGUAUUAUCAUGGAAGGUAAAGAAUUCAACUCGAAGAUACGUAAUCGCGAAGGUAACGUAGAACAAGCACGUCUGGAUAAGAUUUGGCCCAGAUUACGAGUACUCGCCAGAUCAUCGCCCACCGAUAAGUACACUUUGGUUAAAGGUAUCAUCGACAGCAACUACGGUAACAAGAAAGAAGUCGUAGCUGUGACCGGAGACGGUACCAAUGACGGUCCGGCGCUGAAAAAGGCUGACGUAGGGUUCGCUAUGGGUAUCGCCGGUACCGACGUUGCCAAAGAAGCCAGCGAUAUUAUCUUAACCGAUGAUAACUUCAGCAGUAUCGUGAAAGCUGUGAUGUGGGGUCGUAACGUGUACGACAGCAUAGCGAAAUUCUUACAGUUCCAGUUGACCGUCAACGUGGUAGCCGUCAUCGUAGCUUUCGUAGGCGCCUGCGCUGUCUCAGAUAGUCCUCUCAAAGCUGUCCAAAUGCUGUGGGUUAACUUGAUCAUGGAUACGUUAGCUUCUCUCUGUCUGGCUACCGAAUUACCUACGCCGGAAUUGCUGCAGCGUAAACCGUAUGGCCGAACGAAGCCGCUCAUAUCUCGUACCAUGGCUAAGAACAUCAUCGGCCAGGCUAUCUACCAGUUGAUCAUUAUUUUCGCCAUGUUGUUCGUCGGCGAUCAAGUAUUCGACGUGCCUUCCGGUCGUAACGCUGCCGAAGAAGGUGUCCAUUCGCCUCAUUUCACCAUGAUCUUCAACACGUUCGUCAUGAUGACCAUGUUCAACGAAAUCAACGCUCGUAAAAUCCACGGCGAACGAAACGUAUUCCGCGGAUUCUUCUCGAACCCGAUUUUCUACGGAUUGUGGUUCGUCACAAUGGCCGCUCAAGCAGUCAUUGUCCAAUUCGGCGGCAGCGCGUUCUCGACAAUGGCCCUGUCGCUAGACCAAUGGCUAUGGUGUAUAUUAUUCGGCGUCGGUACGCUUCUCUGGGGCCAAAUAAUCACCAGUAUACCUACGCGUAAAAUACCCAAGAAACUGGCUUGGGGUCGAGGUCCGCCCGAAGACUACCCUCAGCUUCACACCGAAGGUAAAUUCGACUCGGAAACCGGCCGCAAACGACGCGCACAUAUUCUAUGGCUACGUGGCCUGACCAGACUGCAGACUCAAAUCAGGGUGAUCAACGCCUUCCACCAAGCGCUAGAUCAACGCUACGGACGUAACCCGCCCAGCGCCGCUCUACGUAAGCAGACCUCGAAUACCAGCAGUUCCAAUAAAAGGCUCUCCAGAAUGUCUUCGAUCGAGUACGCCGAUAACACGCCCGACGAAUUGGAAAACGCCCGAACCGAUGGACUCAAUCAUGCUGUCAGUGCGGUCUGAAGUCACCAACCUCCUUGGAAUCGAGUCCAGUCCAAUCGCUCCAUCGACCAAUCAACAACAACGCCAGUGGCCUCAUCAGCCAUGUUCGAGGGUGACGAUGUGUGAUACGUAAAUUUAAAAAAACGAGUCGAUGUCUAGACGUGCAGCAGCAGCAACAGCAGCAGCGUGAUUUCAUACGUAAUGUAUUCCGAAGGGUUCCCAUCCCCUCCCCCCAACCCCCUUCGUCAAUGCUGCCAAAACGUCGCAGCGCCGGACAAAGAUGUCAGUAUUUUGUUUACUAUUUAUCGUACUACUUUGAGCAAUAAGCCCGUUUUAGAGGUAAUCGUGUAUGUUUUGUUUGUUUUCUUGUUUUUUUGUUUAUUUUUUAUUUUUCAAUUUUCUUACCCUAUCGUUCUUGUUUUUGUUCUUCUACUAUAUCUACCUACGUACCUAUGUAUAAUGUAUGUAAUUUUUUUUUUCGUUGACCCAGUUUUCUUCGUUUAUAAACUUAACCAUUGAUCGUGUCUGGGUCGCGGUAACCUUUACCCUCUCCCUCUCCCUAUAUCCCAUUUUCCUUGAACACUAUCGUGGAUCAAAUUUUUUUAUUACGUGGUAAUUUUUUUUAGCUACUCGUGUAAUUUUUUUUUUGUUAUAUAAUCAUGUAUUGCUCCUGUCUUCUUGUUGUCUGCGGCGUUCGCCUCUUAUACUGCCAAAAAAUUUUAAAUUGGAGAUAUCUGUCACGGGUCGACUGAUGGGGAAUUUUUCAAAGGGUAUCCGAAUGUCGUGAGUAUUGAUGGGUUGAAAUUCACAGAAGGGUUGAAAAUGGUCGUUGUGUUGUCGUUGGUCGUAUAUGUGAAGGGAGCUCUUUUCUUAAGCCCUACCUGUCUUGCUUGCUGCGAUCAUCUUUCACAGGGUAGAUUUUGAUUCGACGAUGCCCGGUAUAUGUAUAUUGUAUACAGGGUGGAUCAAAUUCGUUAUUUUUAAAAAUUAUUGCAAAAUGGGUGACAUAACUUUUGGUGGUGUGAAGACAUUUUGAGACAACAUUUUUUGAAUGCAUUUUAGCAUCAGAACGACGACUAUAGAAUGUGAAUUCUGUGAAGAAGAUAUCCUCUUCUCCUCCCCCUCUCCAACGUUGCCAAUUUACAGGGUGUCCAUUCUCUGGAAAAUUCGAAGAAUUUCACCCUUCUAGAGAAGUUUUGGAAAUGUCAGGGAAAUUUCAAAUUUUUAUUCCAAAGUCAGAGAAUCUUCUGAAAUUGGCUAUCUAAUCGUGAAUCAUCUAUGUAAGAUUUCGGAUUUCACUUAAUUUCUUAUGAAAAAAAUUUCCCCUGCUUCGCUCGAGAAUUUUAUAUUAAUAUUACCCCCUCGCCCUCCCCCUUCGAUGCGUUAAACCUCGUUUUACCGAUGUAUCAUAAGUUUCGAGAAUGUUUCUAGAGCUCUUUAUUUACGUUACAACCCCUCCCCCCCCCCCCCGAUAACGCAGGGGUUUUCAGGUCUUGAGUCUUACUGGUUUGUCACUUUUAUCUUGCUUCCAGAGUGCUGAUUUUGGCCUCAAUCGUAAAACAAAUCCUGUUUUUUUUUUUUUCGAAAUUACCUAGAGUCCUUUUUUGUCAAUUGUACAAAAGUUCUAUUUUUAUGAAAAUUGUCAAAAAGUCUCAAUUCUUUCUGAAGUUGUAAAAAAAAUCCCAUAUUUUGACAAAAUUAUCAGAAAAGUCCUGUUUAUUGACAAUAAAAAUGCACAAAAUCCUAGUUUUUUCUCAAAUUUCCAACAAAAAAAGUCCAAUAAUUUGCCAAACUUAUUGGAAAAAAGUCUCGGUUUCUGUCAAUACUGUCAAAAAGCCCUCUUUCUCUCAGAAUUGCCCUAUAAAAGGUCGAGUUUAUUUUUGCCAAAGUUGCCAAGUCUCACUUUUUGCCAGAAUUAUCAAAAAAUGUCUUUUUUUCAAAAUUGCCUAAAAAAUCAAGUUUUUUUGACAACAUUGUCAAAAAAUUCCAAUUUUGCCAAACUUGUCAAAAAAAAAUGUUGUCUGUCAAAAUUUCCAAAAAGUCCUGUUUUUUUGCCGAAAUUGCUGGAUAGUUCCAUUUUUUGCCCAAAAUGGUCAAAAAGUCCUAAUACCAAAAAAAAAAAAAAGUCAAGUCUUCAUUUUUGUAAAAAAAAGGAUCCUUUUUUCAAAAUUCCCUAAAAAAAGUCCUGUUUUCUGCAUAAAUUGCAAAUUUUCUAUUUUUUAAUUUUCUCAAUCAACCUUUGUAAUUUUCCAUUUGUGUGUUUUAAAAAAAAAAAAAUCUAGUUAUUUUUGAAAAUGGAAGCAGUGUGGCUCCCAAAAGUCCUGGCUUGAACCAAUUGGAAGCCUCCUCUAUGCUAAAUUGUCUCCCCUCCACCUUAUUCGUGCGUAGAGGGGUAAUCAAUAUUUGAAAGGGCCUGGAAAAUUGGAAAAAAUGGUCUGAAAAAAACUGGGAAAAGCAUUUUUUCAAAAGAGUGAACACCCUGUUUUAUAAUUUUUUUCUGAAGAUUUCUUCCUCCUCCCUCUCCUCUCUUUCCACCCAAUUUGCAACCAAGCAACGCGAUCAAACUUCAUUUCCUUCUCUAUCUCAAAUUCAUGCAUAGAAAUCAUGAUUUUUUUUUUGCAUAAAAAAAAGGGCUGGGAUUGAAAGAAGAAUAAUUGGACGUAUCGAAAGUAAUGUUUUGAGAUUAGAAAUGAGCCCUAAAUGAAAAAAAAAAUGUAUUUGAUAUGAAAAUUGUUUUUCCCCCUUUUUAAAAUGCAUUUAAAAUUUCUCAAAAACGAGAAAAAUCGCGAGAAUAGGUGAUCCGAACGACUAGUAGAAGAGGUCUCGAAGAGCAAAAAUAAUGCACAAUUUUUAUAUAGUCAGCAAGUACUUAACAACUUUCAUGAAUCCUGAACUUAUCCUCGAUAAUUUUCAAAAUCUCAGGAAAAUAUUGAAAGGGUGAAAAUUUAAUGUUAUUAUUUUUAGCAUUUACCUAUUGGUUCAAACUUUCGAAUACGAAAAGGAAACGAAAUUUGAUCCACUCGAUGUACAUUUUUUAUUUAUUUUUUAAGAAUGAGACGUGUGUACCUACUUUGUACCUACAUAAAAAAAAAGUGUUGUUCUACGAAUGUAAGAGUGUAUUUUUUUUUUUUACUACAAAAACUUACAUGUACGUUAGAGAACCAUAGGAUUAUGAGAACCUUGCCCGGUCCACUUAUCCAUGCGGUUUUUUUUAUUUAUUUUUUUAUACGACAGUUGUACAUAAUGUAUUUUCUUCUUAAUUUUUAUUAUUAUUAAAAGCGAGAGUAAAGUUUGGCUUGUUUUCGUU